AUGGAAGUAUGCGAGACAAGAAGUUACCCCUAUCGGAGGUCAGGACGGAUUAAUGGUCGUGAGGUUGAUGUCCUCCUCGAUACGGGGUCGCAUUACAAUUUAGUAAAGGUGAGCGUCGCCAUAUGUUGCGGACUUCUGAUCGAACCGUUAGAUAAACCGUUGUUUGGACUCGGCAGCGUCACUGUGCCGUCCGUACGUGCUGUUGGUGUCGCGCGAGCCGAAAUUGCCAUCGAUAACGUUUUUCCCGGACGAGUCGCGUUGUUGGUGGUACCCUAUACAGUGCAACAACCGGACGUUAUUGUGGGGCGUGAGUGGCUAGACUCGCCGUCAGUGGCGUACCGGAAGAUCGGCCGUGAGCUACAUCUGUCCAAAGCCGAAACGUGUUUGGGUGAGACCGAGCCUACGGUGAUGACUGUCGGUUGUGAGGCCGACUACAUUAACGCUGUGGAGGUGCGUGGGGUUCCGGAACGCGACGCGUUGGUACUGAGUGAUUUCGCCUACGUUAAGCCUGACAUAGACGAACGGGAGCGCGACGAUCUAUUAAAAAUUGUGAAUGAAUACCGUGAAUGUUUUGCGAAGGGACUCAGUGAGCUUGGAUGCACUCCAUUGUUGAAUGUCGACAUCAACGAAGUACCAGGAAGUUUCCCCGUUGUUUGCCGUCCGACCGAGAGGAAAUUGCGAAAAUAG